GUUAGUUAGGUUAGUGAGUGGGCUGUGAUUUUCAAUGCGCAGAACAGUCAUCGCCAAUGUUUGCAUUGGAAGAUCCUUAAACUUUUGGAAAACUCAUACGGACACUGUUAGAAGACUUAAGAGACUUUAGAAUACAUUUUAAGGAUCAUCUUUAGUAGAUAUGCGCGUUUCCAUAUUUAUAGCGGUGUUUUCGGGAAGCAGAAAAAUAGAUCGUUGCCUACUUUUUUUUGCAAGGCUUGGAUAAUUAAUAAAGGGGAGGAACAGGAUCUGGCCUGUUUGGAUUUACCUUUGAAUUUGUAUGGCUUUUUGACUUUCCCGUGUACACUUGUUCAGGCGGAUAGACAGAAGAACAGUUUCUCACAGAUAACACUAUAUUUUGUCUGGAGUCAUGGAUCCGAGCCAGCACAACCCUCCUGCCGGCCACCAGAUCGUCCAUGUUCGGGGAGACUCAGAGACCGAUCUGGAGGCUCUUUUUAACGCUGUGAUGAACCCGAAAAAUGCCAUAGUUCCCCCCUCCGUGCCGAUGAGGAUGAGAAAGCUGCCAGACUCCUUCUUUAAGCCACCAGAGCCAAAUUCGCACUCCAGACAAGCCAGCACGGAUGCAGGUACUGCUAGUACACUCACACCCCAGCACGUGAGGGCGCACUCUUCUCCUGCCUCCUUGCAGCUGGGUGCAGUUUCCCCGGGCGCCCUGAAUAACAUGGGUCAAGCAAACCCCCCACCUCAACACCUCCGUCAGUCCUCUUUCGAGAUACCCGAUGAUGUGCCGCUACCGCCAGGCUGGGAGAUGGCCAAGACUCCCUCGGGCCAGAGAUACUUCCUUAACCAUCAUGACCAGACGACAACCUGGCAAGACCCUCGUAAAGCCCUCCUUCAAUUAAACCAAGCCGCCCCGGCCAGCCCAGUGCCUGUGCAGCAACAGAACAUCAUGAACCCUGCCUCAGGUCCUCUUCCUGAUUGCUGGGAGCAAGCCAUUACCUCAGAAGGAGAGAUCUACUACAUAAAUCACAAGAACAAAACCACCUCUUGGCUGGACCCAAGACUUGACCCACGUUUUGCUAUCAACCAGCAGCGAAUUUCCCAGAGUGCUCCAGUGAAGCAAGGCUCCCAGUUGCCCUCCAGCCCACAGAAUGGAGUGAUAGGAGGAAACAACCAGAUCAGACUGCAGCAGAUCCAGAUGGAGAAAGAGAGACUGAGACUCAAACAAGAGCUCCUUCGCCAGAGACCCCAGGAGCUGGCACUGAGAAACCAGCUGCCAACCAGCAUGGAGCAGGAUGGGGGUACUCCGAAUCCUGUGUCCUCGCCCGUCAUGGGCCAAGAUGCCCGUAACAUGACAACCAACAGCUCUGACCCUUUCUUAAACAGUGGGACGUAUCACUCCAGGGACGAGAGCACAGACAGUGGCCUGAGCAUGAGCAGUUACAGCGUCCCCCGCACUCCAGACGACUUCCUCAACAGUGUGGAUGAGAUGGAGACAGGUGAUACCCUUGUCCCUGGUUCCAUUGCAACACAGCCCACCCGAUUCCCUGACUACCUGGAUACUAUCCCAGGCACGGAUGUGGACCUGGGCACCCUAGAGAGCGAGAGCAUGGCAGUCGAGGGUGAGGAGCUGAUGCCCAGCCUCCAGGAAGCCCUGAGCUCUGACAUCCUUAAUGACAUGGAGUCUGUGCUGGCAGCUACCAAGAUCGACAAGGAGAACUUUCUAACCUGGCUAUAAAGCUCCUGAAUCCACACUACGCCUUCUCUUCCAACAUGCUGAACUGCUGCCUAGUCCAAUCUGUGAAGGAUGUGUAGAUGCUUAGAGUUGAAAAGAAAAGACAUUUCACCUUACUGGACAACUUUCUUUUUUCUUUCUCAUCUUCCAUUCACUACGUUCGGCCGAAUUGGUUUUAAGAGGUAUUUUUAAACUUUGGUCCUAUUUUCCGUAUUUCUUUUUUCAUGUCUGCAUCCUCAAGGCUGGCCCAUGAACAGACAAGUUUUCACAAGUACCCAAAUCUAUUUCAUGGCUGUGCUAUUGACCGCCUGUUAGUGUGUCCGAGUGUGUGUAUCUGUGAGAUGGAUGUGAAUUUGUGUGCGUUUCCCCUCAUGAGCUCCUCACUGUUUGAACAGAGCCGAGAGGGCACCGGUGUUUACCGGACAAACCCCCUAAAACAGCCUACUACAACCUCCUAUGACUGCAACCUCUCACAACAUCCCUAAUCCCAGCUCAUCUAGAAUCAACUAUUGUUUUCUCAUAUACACUAAUGAGCCUGAGAAUCCAAAAAGCAUUUUACCUGAGGAGGUCAUCUGUAUGUGUUUUACAACAGGAUUUGCAUACUAUGAUUGAAAGGUUCAAAUCGAAGGGUUUCAACGUGUGGCAAAACAAAAAACUGCUGCUUGGCUGUGCCAGGAUAUCAUGCUAGAAACUAAUCAAGUGCCUUCGGUUUUGUUUCUUGGACAAAAAAAACGUGUUUGUGUCGUUUUACACUAGAUAUCAUGAAUCAUAUUUGACAACACUUUCUUUUACUUACAUGUUUCAUUAAUCAAAGUUUAUUUCUUUCAAAGGUUUUAUAAAAAUAUAUAUUAUGUUGGGUUUUGUUGUUUUAAGAAGCCUAGCCUCUUUGUGUCAGUUUUAUUUAAGCCUGAUUUUGUUUCUUGAGGGUUGUGGCAUUCAUGUGUGAUCAGAAUGUUUUUUUUUCUGUUUGUUUUUUUGCCUUACUGAUUUAUACAGAACAACUAUUCUGAAAGAGCUGCCUUUGAGUAACAUGAAAUAAUUGACAGAAACACUGAAUAGAUUGAAGUCGUCGUUUCUGUUUUACUAUAAUCAGAAAUGAUCGUUUGGUGGAAGUCUGUUUUUUUUUAUACAGAUAUCUAUUUUUAUCUUACAAUUUUAGUAUGUUUUUGCAUACUGUAUUUAGUAAAAAAAAAUAUCUCAACCUUCAGCCAAAACUAGGAACAAAAUAUCAAGGGCACUUUCAUCAACUAUUUAAACAAAACAAAAAAAGCUUGGCUUUUUAAACAGACAUCACUUUAUGAGCUCCAAUAAAGGUUUGUGCCAGUUAUAUUGAUGCUGUUUGGUGCUAAGACAGAGAUUGGGCAGAAAUAGGAAGGUUCUGUUAAGUUUUAGAAGGGUAGAUGAGCACGUCUUGAGGGUUAGUGGUGUUGAGUAGCUGUUAGCUUGAACUUGAUCAAUAUGAAUGAUAGAGUAGACUUUAAAGGAAACAAUCAGUUCUGUCAGGAUUUCAUUCAAUGAGGCUUCCAAAGAUUCUUUUCUCUUUAAAAUUAAAGGGCAACUAAAAGUAAUUUAUCAUACUUUAUAUGUACACGUAAGGCAUAAGCUACUGAGAAAAGGUCUAAUUGAUUUGUCAGGGGAUUUUUAAUGACUCAUGAUUCGACGAGCCCUCUUAUGCUGGUUCUGAUCAAUACUAAAGACACAAAGCAGGUUACCUAGAACGGUCUUUUGCUACAUGGUUUACAUCAUUCAGCAGUAGUGGAACGCUACAGGAACUUCAGAUUAUAAAUUCCCUGCAGAUGCUUUGCAUAUAGCCAUUCAAUAUGAAUAUUUACUUGUGUUUACAAUAUGGUUAACUUAACACUACACAAUCUUCGCUCAAUGACUGGCCCAUGCUCUAAAUGUAUUUUUGUUUUUAUGGUUUAUUUGAGUGAUAUUCUGUGGUCUGUUGGCAUGAAUACACUGCUAAGGUGUAUAACUCAAUUGCCCCAGUAAGGAAAAUGAUGUUCAAGUUUUAUGAUCAAAACUGGCAAGCUAGGCCAUAGUAAUCAAAGUUAGAGUUUCUAGAGAAAAUAAACGUGGAAAUAAAAGAGAAAUAUCUAUUUUUGCAAACAUAGUAUUGAUGGCAGACUCUAGUGGGGUAAAACAGUGUUGGAGAGAGCAAUGCAACAAAAUGUUUUUAUGAAUUGUGAGUACAGUGCUGGUAUUGCACGUUUAUAAAACAUUGAGUCAAAUGUAUUUGUCACUUAAACAUGAUUUUAUGCUUGCUUAGUGUGCACCUGCUCAGAUUAUAUAGUAAAUGUUUACUUUUUUUUUUGUAGUGGUAGUACUAAUCACACAAGUUAAUGGAUUGGUAUUUAGUUUUCUUUAAAUGCACCCAGAAUGAAUUUAUAUACAUUUAUUAUUCUCUCUCUCUGUUUUUUUUUUUUUUAAUCAAUGUAUGUGCAUGUACUUUAGAACCUUAAGUUCUGUUUCAUUGUAUCUCUUUACAUAUUACUUUGAAAUUGGCCUGGAAUAAAGUAUAUACUUU